AGUGGCUGGCCUUUUAAGUGAAAAAUAUGACAUAAGUUUAUCACACUUUUCACCGUAUCAGCCUAGAUACGCGACGCAUCUUUAACUGUUCAAAAAGAGGAAAAGAUUGUAUAUUUUAUAUUGAUAAUCAUGCCAUCCAAUGCCAAAGUGUUGAUUCAUUAUGGACCAUAUGAAGCAACUGGGAUAGUGGAACAUAGAGAAUCAAGACUGCAGGGUCUAAAAGCAAUAUUAACUAAAGAUGGUCAUACUGUAGUCCUAGUUAAGAUCCAGGACAGGAAUAGUGUAGAAAUUACAGUGAAUGGCGAAAACAUUUUCCAAUGUGACAUCAAUGAUUUAGAUUAUGGAUCCGAUGGUGAACUUGACCAGUUGUGUAUCCAAGCUAAAGAUGCAGUAAAGAAAGCUUAUUAAAGAAUGCAACAUCAACUCUUCAUGCCAUCAAUUAUCAUUGUAUAUAAACUUGACCUGUGACAUUAAAAGAUACAGUAGCUCUUGUAGAAUAACAAACAACUUAAUACUUUAAACUAGUGAUUUAAAAAUAAAUUCAUAUAAUUUAUUUUUGAGUAAUAAAAAAAAUUGAUGUAUAUUUUGAAUUUUUAAGAUAUUUUACACAUGAAAUACAAACAGAUUGUAUCUGGUUAUUUUAUGUUCACAAGUUUAUGAAUUUUAACUGUUUUUCAAAUUUAAUAUUAGUAUCUUAUUUCAAAAUGCAUUCUUAAGUAACUGUUGUUUUCUGUUAAUUUAAUUGAAAAUUUGUAAAUAAACUAGGUUAAAGUUCAUUGAUUAUCUUUAUUUUUAUACAAUUGUUUGUUUCUGUAUUAUUAUUUUUUUUUGGACACAUUAAUUAUAUUCAAAUUUAUUUGUAAAAAUUUGUUUUUAUAAUGCAAUAAAAUGUUACAUUUUACUAUA